ACGGAACGUUUAACGUAAUGACGUCUGUCACGUUUUGGCGGCAUUCGCCAAGUGACAGAUGUCAAUACAAUACAAUACUUAGAUUUCACAAGUCGAGUUUUUCCCUCGCCACAAUUUACUUACCUAUUUGUUGUUAUUAGAACUAAGAUGUAGUAAUUGCCUAUGGUGUGUUACAUAACCAGCUACGUGAACUAUAAUUGUCCGUACUCACUCUAAUAUAACUCUUUAUACAAAUGGGCGUUUUAUUUCAAUGGACAAACCCAUGCCCAUAAUGGUGACCCAAGUAAAACACGUACAAGAGUGCCCUACGGACUGUAUCCAAGUGUGCCUUCGUCUCUGUGCCUAAUGCUUAUGUGCCCGUUUUGUGCGUUUGAAACGUGCUCCAACUACCGGACAACGCUUGGCGCCGCGGCCGGUACCUACCUACCGUGGUUCGCCGGUGCCUGGCCUGCGCCGCCGCAUCGCAUGGGGGCCUGUCGCCGCAUGCGCUGAGCACCAGUUGCAUGUAAUUUGCAUGCCACAAAGCAAAAGGGAAGUACAUCUACACUAAUAUUUUAACCUCAAACAAAGGAGCGGUACUAAUGAUCUACCUAACCAAACCCACUUACUACCUAACAGUCAAGUGCAAGUGAACUAAACUAAAGUGCUCUUAAACUAUUUUACAAACUGAAUAACUGGGUGCCAUCUGUUUAGCUUGUUUUUAGCUUGUUGUGUACAUAGUAUAAUUUAAGGUAUUUUGGUUAGAAUUCACUGCCGUUUAGAAUUAAUUUUAAGGUAUUUUGUUUUAAAGGUGCACUGCCUACUAACAUGUUACUUAUAGUUUUAUUCGAAUGUUAGUUUUAAGGGUGUAUGAUGCUAGUUACUAAGUUUUUUUAAUUUAAUAACAAAUGCUUGAUUAAUCAGCCUGCCACUGUUUUUGAAACUUGUUUAGUUAAGCCAACUAAGUUAUAUAGCUUGUUUUAACUUACAUUAUUGUUCUUUUGUUUUGGUUUUGGUUUGUGCACUGUAUUGAUUUCUUUUAUUUUUCACAAUGUCUGAGGAAUUGCACGACCAAAUCAAAGAACUUCAAAAACAAUUAGGGAACUUGCAGACUCAGCCACCGGCAGUUAAUGGUAUAGCUGUAAAGUUGCCCACAUUCUGGCAGGACAAACCGGUGAUAUGGUUUGCACAGGCUGAGGCACAGUUUGAAAUAGCGGGGAUAAAACAAGACUCAACCAAAUAUGGGUACGUCCUCUCAAUGCUUGAUGAAAGGAAGGCUGAGGAGGUUGAAGAUAUCCUGGCUAACCCUCCUGAGAAUAAUAAAUAUGAAACAUUAAAGGCAGAACUAAUCGCACGUUUUUCUGCCUCAAAAGAGCAAAGAGUGAGAAAGCUUUUAGGGGAGGUGCAACUUGGGGACCGCAAACCAUCCGCAUUCCUGCGGCACCUAAAGUCUCUUGCAGGUUCAACCUGCAAGGAUGACGGCAUCAUAAGGGAGUUGUGGAUGCGGAGGUUGCCUCAAGAGGUGCAGAGAAUCCUCAUCGCUCAGCUUGACUUGCCUCUGGACAAGGUGGCUGAGAUUGCUGAUGCCAUCGUCGAGGCGCCUUCAUCUACCCUUUUGCCCUCCACAGUGAGCGCAGCAGCAGUGCCAUCGGAGAUGGAGAUGCUUAAGCAGCAAAUGGACAUUCUCAUGAAGAAGAUGGACGAGCUAUCUAGAGAACAUAGGUCAGGAUCUCGUUCUCGGUCUCAAGCUCAACGCCAACGGUCAUCUUCUCGCUCUGGUACCCGAGCAUGCUGGUACCAUAAAAAGUUUGGUACUAAAGCAACCAAGUGCACUAGUCCCUGUGCGUGGAUACCAGAGCGGGGAAACGAGCCGGGCAAUCAGUAG